GGAGACAAACAAUCAUCAAAUGGAUCUUUGAACGGUAGUCAUUUUUGCUGGCUUGCUAGUAUAUGCUCAUUGCGAUGCUUCGCGAUCGUCACUCGUUCUUUUUCUGACAGCUACUAGAAUAUACCUUUUCCAUGGGCUACAAAUACUGCUUUUUUUUUUUUUUUGGUCAGAGGAUAUGAUUAGGAACCAGGUUGUUUAACGCGUUGCUUUCUUACAUGGCAUCCACUCCUCAGGCGCAGGCGGACUCGGUCCUGUCUGCAGUCUCAUCCGUAUCAACAUGUUCAUCAGCUACUGUUGUUUUACUCAAGAACCUGCUUGUACCAAGUGACGCGACUGUCCCUACCAAACCUUUAACCGCAAACGAGACGCGCGCGACAAAGACAACCCGAACAACGAAGGCCUCGACCGCCAAAACCCCAGCCAAGAAGACAGAAAAGGCUGAGCCGGACGGCCUCACCCCAAAGGAGCGCGCAGUCGUCGCCACCAAGGUUGUGAAUGCGACACUGAAAACACUCGGCGAUGCUGCAAAACCUGCGCCUGCGGCGGCAGCCCAGCUGUCCGCCGAACCCCAAGGCCUUGCCAAGAAGACUUCCCGGGCUGCGCUGCGACGAUCGAGCUCUGCACCGAUGACACCCCUCAACCCACGAACCCUCAACAGGACCUCCUCUUCGCCGACGAAGCCAGCAGCACGGCCGACUUCUUCAUCAUCCGCAGCAGCAACGGCUCGGUCCAAUGGGUGCUUGGCUGUUGUAGAAUGCGCGCGCGUAGCUUUCAGUGCGCUCAGGGGUCUUCAGGCUGCUGGAGAGACGAAACUGCCCGAACUACAGUUAGAAAAUGGCCUAUCUGCGCUCGCAAGUCGGCUGGUCGCAGUGGGGAUGCUGGAUCAGGCGGCCAAGGAGCUUCGUCAUCUCAAGCAGCGAUUAGACACUCUCUUGGGAUCAUCUAUUGCAGGUGCGGCGGCUCCUAAGAAAAAGACGGCGAGGGCUGCGCAACCCGAAACGGCAAUCUCGGUUGCCCGCGUGUCAGACAUUCUUGACUUUGGUGGGAUCCAGGUCAAGGACGCCGGAGCGAUCACUGAACUGAUCAUAUCGACGCAAUUACUGGCUCUCAGGGUGCUCUCUUUGAUGAAGAAGCCGCAACAUACUCAACCUGCUGUCGAAUAUCUCAAAGAUCCGGCCAAAACCUCACCUCUUGACUUGCUGCUUGCAUCCGUGGAAUGUGGUCUCAAAACCCCUGACAAGGCUGCUCGGCAGCUGGAGACGUUCUCACAGCUCCUACUGUCGCUAUCGCCGAGCGUGUCAAGCAAGGCCGAUGCUGAAGCGUGUGAGCCACGCCUAAACAUCUCUCCCUCGGCCGCGUUCGAGGUGCAUGUUCUUGGGUUGGAAGCAAGGACACAUUGGUGGAGCUUAGCUGGGCACAAAGGGGACGUGGAUAAAGACAUAAUUCAGCCAUUAUGGCGGUGUCUCGGGGCUUAUGUGCGAAGAAAACCAGCUGCGGAUGAGUCGCUGUAUCUCGGCUGCGCGGACGCUGUUCAGCGCGUUGUUCAGUUGGCCAAGGAUAAGGGUUUCAAGCCGACAGAGUCCUUCAAAUCGCCAUUGGCCAGCUUGUACCAGGCUCUCGGGGCUAUGGCAAGGGAGUCAAAACAAUACCAGGAGGCGGCUAGCUGGAUCAAACGACUAAAGGCACUCUUGCAGCCGAAUGAGGACUCGGACACCAGCCGCUGUUCCGUCGCGGCCCUACUCCUCUCGAUUCAGCUCAAGGAUGCCGAACAGUAUGCUGAGAGCGAGAGCCUGCUACGAGAAGUACUGGACGGUAUCCAAGGUGUACUGAAGGGCAACACCAGUGACCUGGAGGGUCUACUCACAAACGUGAACCUCGCCAGACGAUCGGUGAUGAACGCAUUAGUAGACGAGGAACCAAUACCGACAGCCUCAAAAGGGCUCAUGGAAGAGCUCGUUCUCCAGUGUCCCAAGUUUUGUCUCAGGUGGCUAGGAAAACCCAUACCAGCUAGUGGGAGCACCAAAGAUUUUGUGAGCUACGAACAAAGGCGACAAACGCUGGCUACGAUGCUGCAACAUAUGCUAGACUCGGCAUUCUUGGUGAUCAAGAUGCAUAUGGACGAAAAACGAGUUUCCUGGGCGCAAAUGGACUCGAUCCUAGCCGACUGCCUCACGAUUCUCGAAUAUAUGGGCGAUGCAGCACCGAGGCCUGGGUCUCCAGGAAACUCAGUAUAUGUCAAAAUGUCCCUCUUCCAUUGGAUUCACUACAGCACACUUGCCGAGUCUAGCAAAGAUCCCAAAGACCCGGAGCCUCUCAGGGCACUACGCCGAUCCAUUGAGUGCGUCAAGCAUCGUCCGGCGGCUGAGAAGGAAAAGACGCAGUUUGCCGUGAAGCUUGAACGUAUGGCUGAGCUCUGUCAAUCCAUGGGCCGCAUCAGCGAGGCUCUUGGGGCACUUCAGACGCUCAGAUCCGCAUUGAUAGAGGAUGGGGCACUCGAUGAGGUUGUCGAAGCCUCGACAAGCCUCCCCCCUGCCCUUGCCUGGAAGUGCAGUUCCAAGGCAGCCAAUCUUUCACGAAUCUUGACAUCUAUCUGGAAACUGGAGCAGAUCUGGAUAGACUGGUCAGUUGAUUUGACCGAACCGGAACAGCUGUCUGUCCGCGAGCAUCGAUUACACUUCAUCCUCAUGAAAAGUGACCGUACGCUUCCCACUAUGACAGAUAAAACUGUCGAAUCACUACUCACCAAAUAUUACCCCACGAGACAUCCGAUAUGCCGCCUGCGAACGCUGCUAUGUCUCUUUGUCGUCCACCUUGACAGCUCGGACGAGCUGCCGGCAAUAGAGUCUCAGAUCGAAGCUGUCGUCGGCCUGAUUAAGAAGUCUGGUUUCGGAGAAGACUCGGCUCUAAGCAGCUAUAUGGAGCAUUACAGGGCCUACUACAAGUCGCUUUCUGCCAUGAAAUCCCAGAUCCCAGACCUUGAUCGUAUUGAGCAGUCUAUACAUCAGUGGAAGACAAUUACGGAAGCAUGCUCAACCCCCGCGGACUUGGACAGUCGCAUUGACGAUGCUUCUCACCUUGUUCGUCAUCUACAGUCUAUAAUAGAUUUUUCCAAGGCAAUGGGACAAGACUCUCUCCAGCUUUCGACCCUCGAGCUCUUAACUAAAAUUUCGGGGUUGCUGGAAGACUCUGACACAGACACCCGACUUGCAUCCAACUCCCGACUAGCACUGCUCUAUGCCAGUACUGGUCGUUCCUCCUUGGCCCAGAAAGCUCUCGACGCUGGCCUGAAGUUUACCCAAGAGAGAGAGGUGGUCUCUCGGGAGAGCGUCGCAAAUUUCCACCUUGCUUUUGCUGAGUUCCAGCUGUUCACUGGGAACUUGAACGAGGCAGAGGUGCACUUCAAGCAAGCUCAGAAACAUGCUGCAGAUACAUCGAACAGCCCGAUGGCCAGGUCGCAGCGCAGAGACCUAAUAACAUAUGCAUCGCUACUGCAGUCGAUGAUAGCCUCUAAGAAGGGCGAGGCGCACCACGCGUUGAUUCAUGCGAGGGAAACAGUCCGUAUUCUCUUUCGAGAAUGGACAAAACUCGAAAGAGCUGCAUCCAGCUCAUCGACCUCGGAUCAAGCGAAUGAAAGCCAAGGCAGCAUAAGCCUCGUGGCAUCCAUGGCUGGUGCUCCAAGCCCAGAAUCUGGAGAAUCCACAGUAACAGUUGCUGGACCAGAGUUUUGGAAGCUUUUUUACCCACUGUUCCGCAGCUUAUCUCAUUUGUCUUCUGUUUAUGCUCACCUGGGAAUGUUUCAAGAGACGGUAUACUAUGCGGAACAAGCACAAAAGCUUGCACAGACCACGGGCGCCAGACUCUACUUGGCUCAGUGCGAGUCCUGGAUGGCUUCCGUGUACUUGAGAGCAGGAAAGCUGCAGCGAUCUCUCGAGCUUGCAAACUUGUCGAGCUCCAAGCUUCUUGGUGGCGACCAAUCCUGCACGGCUGUGGCCCUGGCAUGUCAACUCGGAGGGCUUUACCGCGAUCUGAAGGAGUUCGAAGCAGAGCUCAGGAUGAUCCAACGAGCUGAAGAUACACUGAUUGCCAUCGACAGGGAAGUUGCCGAGGUGGUGGGCAAGGACGCCGAAGAUGAAGAUCAAGAACAGCCCUCAUCAAGGGCGCGUAAAGGUACUGUUAGGACCGCUAGGCUCCCGAUCAGGGAGAAGCCAGCCGCCAGACAGACCACCCGAAAGGCUGCUGCAACCACGACGACUACACGCAGGACAACCAAAAAGGCCCCGCCCGCAGUCGAGGGCACAACCACAUCAUCAGUGCCUGCACCGUCGGAGUCCACGGAUAUCAUCAUCUCUACCCUGAAGGCAUCCAUAGCAGUGCACAAGGCGGUCUCGUUUGUCAAUAAGAAGGACUGGAAUUCCGCCAAAGAGACCCUCCAAACAUCUCAGGCCCUGACAAAGCUGGCAAGGGGCAAACUUGGCGAAAUGCUUGCGCAAGCAAUGUGCCACUUUGGCCAGUGCCAGGAGCAGAUGACGAGGGAUGCGGUUUUCUCGGUCAUACAGGACUCGACGCUGUCGUUUCCUGCAGUUUGCAAAGGUGCAUCCGAUCGUUCGUCGCCUGCCAAACCCACACAGCCACAGAAAGGAAGGUCUGCCGCCAGCGCUGCUAGCAAGCGUCACCCUGACUUUCUCGUCAACCUCCAAGCCGCCCACGACUGUCUUGUGGAGGCCCAUUCGAUCGCUGUUGUAUCUGGAGAUGCGGCCAUGGUGCACCGGAUAGCAGUGAUGCUACAAAGCACCGUUCUUAUCCUCUCUGCGACGGGUACAUCAAAACCUCGCCUCCUGGGAUCUCAAGACUUGGCAACCUGCUCGGUUGAGGCGGCACAGAAUCUUACAUGGAGGAGGGAGCGCAAAGCAUUGCUUCUGGAGAAGCACGCCAUCAGAAACGAAGCACUCGAGUGGCCGAUGCCGGUCAGCCUGGGAGAUGCCUCUCCCGGCGGACGUUUGAGUCUGGCCCCCGUUUCUGAUAUGAGCCGCUUUCAGCGUGACUACAUUGACAUAAUCCCCAAGGACUGGACGGUGAUUUCGGUCUCGCUCAGUGACAACAAGCAUGACUUGUGCAUUUCGCGCCUUCAAGCUGGACAUAGUCCUUUUGUCAUUCGCCUACCGCUCGAGCGCGCAACCUCCCGCGACACCGACAACGAAUCGUUCAAUUACCAGACGGGUCGUGCUGAGCUCCUCGAAAUCAUUGAACUGGCCAACGCGAGCUGCCACGACGCUCGAGACAUGUCGGCGAAGGGUGCCAAGACGGCUUGGUGGUCCCACAGAGAGGAACUGGAUGAGCGGCUGAAGAAUUUACUCGACAAUGUCGAGCAGGUGUGGCUCGGCGGCUUCAAGGGCAUCUUUUCGCAACAAAAGCGCUGCUCGGAGCUGCUCGCACGGUUCCAGAAGAGCUUCACUCACAUUCUGGACAAGCACCUGCCCUCCAGGAAGCAGGUCUGGGGCAAGAGGUCAAAAGCAGCUUCAGCUUCUGCGUCCACGGCUAACAAGGUCACGCUCGAUCCUCGAAUCCUGGAACUCUUUGUGGGUUUGGGAGACGUCACCGAUUCCAACUGCGGUGAUCUUGACGAUGCUCUGAACGACCUGCUCUACUUCGUCGUGGAUAUCCUACAGUUUCACGGCGAGCCGAAUGCCUAUGAUGAGAUUGACUUUGAUGCAAUGAGUGUCGAUACCUUUGACGCUCUGCAUUCAUAUUACACGGCGAUGCAAGAGAGGAAAGGCAGAAAUGGCUCAUCUGAGAAUCGAAACGCCCACACGGUUCUUGUUUUGGACAAGGCUUUGCACGUCUUCCCAUGGGAAUCCCUCCCUUGCAUGGAGGGUCAUGCCGUCUCUCGUGUGCCUUCCCUCGAAUGUCUCAGGCGGCUGCUGCUCGACAGAAAAAGGCCAGAGGCAACGGCAGAGGACCACCCGAACCCACCUGUAAGCGGGCGACACGUCUCCCGGAACUCAGGCACAUGGAUCCUCAACCCCGGCGGUGAUCUCAAGACAACACAGACAACAUUCGAGACAUCCCUAGCCUCGUCUCUUGGAAAGCAGAGCAACUGGCAUGGCAUGGUCGGCCGCGUCCCCACCGAGUCCGAGUUUGAAGACGCGCUACGCAGCAGGGAGGUCCUGCUUUACUUCGGCCACGGCAGUGGCGCACAGUACAUCCGAGGCAGGACGGUUCGCCGGCUUCAGGGCGGCUGCCGGGCGGCGGUCCUGCUCUGGGGCUGCAGCUCGGCGUCGCUGGCCGAGGCGGGCGACUUUGAGACGCAUGGUCCCGUGUGGAACUACCUGAUAGCGGGCUGUCCGGCCGUCACGGGCACCCUAUGGGACGUUACGGACCGCGACAUCGACCGGUUGGCCGUCAGGGUCUUUGAGGAGUGGGGCCUGGUCGGCGAGGGUGUCUUUAAGGAGGAGCCCAAGGCCAAGGGCGGAAAGAGGACCGCCGCCACAGCGACCGGGGGCAGAGAUGUACCGCCGGCGGCGAGGGAGCCUCAGACCUCGCUGGUGCAGGCCGUAUCCAAGGCGAGGGACGUCUGCAGGUUCAAGUACCUGACCGCGGCGGCGGUUUGCGUCUACGGCAUACCUGUGUACUUGAAUGAUGAAUGAUGAGGCAGCUUGAGCUUUUUUUCUUCUUUUUUUUUGUUAUAAUAAUUUUUGUGCUCUGGGUAAUGAUGGUCUUGGGCUUUACAGUGGGUUGAUUGGCAAGAAACCUCGCACCCUUUUUGUUUAAUUGGUGCAUAUAUUACAGCAAGAUACCCUCAUCCAUCACGAAUGGCAUUUGAAAUUGGCUCAAUUAUUUUUGGUUCUGCUAGGUUCAGGUAGACGUACCCUAUCAUCAUGCUUGCUUGGUGAGCAAUUCAAGUUGAUGAGUGUAUGCAGU